UCUCUCUCACAUAUUGUCUCUCUAAUUAAUCUUAAUCUCUCAUAUAUUUAGUUUUUGUCUCAUAGAAAGAGAGAGAGGAUCGGACAUUGAAGAAAUGGAUUCGAAGUCGUUUCUGCCAUUGUUUCUGCUGAUCUCUUCGUGGGUUUCGACGGGGUUCUGCCGGAGCCUCUUGGAUCUGGCCGGCGAGAGCCUCACCGACGGCUCGAUGUCGUGCAUCCAGAAGUUGUUGCCUUGCCAACCCUAUUUACACCCACCUCCCUCGUUGUCGUCACCGCCGCCGGCCACCUGUUGCACCCCGCUCAAGGAGAUGCUCUCCGCCGAUUCCAACUGCCUGUGCCAGGUCUUCAACAACGUUGUUCUUCUCAAGAAGUUCAACCUCACUCAGGACGAUGCCCUGAAACUUCCAAAAGCUUGUGGCGCCGCCGCCGACAUCUCCCUUUGUGAAAAAGAUGGUGUCACACCAAGUAAUUCACCCACAACCCCAGCAGAUGCAAAUCCUACCAACACUAAGUCUACUUCGGGUAACAGCGGAAGCAGAGAGAGUGGAGCUGGUAGGGUAGGCGCCAAUGGGCCAGUUUAUGCCAUUCAUCAUCAUGUGAUUAUGGGCACAAUGUUGGCCAUAUUGUUCUAA